AGCCGGCUCCGUCAUUCCAGUCCCUGUAUCACACUGAGCUCUCACUGUUGAAAGAUAAUGGCCCGGACCAAGCAGACAGCGCGCAGGUCGACCGGAGGGAAAGCUCCUCGCAAACAACUGACGACCAAAGCAGCGAGGAAGAGCGCCCCAGCCACGGGCGGAGUGAAGAAGCCUCAUCGCUACCGGCCCGGCACCGUGGCUCUGAGAGAGAUCCGGCGCUACCAGAAAUCCACCGAGCUGCUCAUCCGCAAACUGCCCUUCCAGCGCCUGGUGCGGGAGAUCGCUCAGGACUUCAAGACAGACCUGCGCUUCCAGAGCUCGUCCAUCAUGGCCCUGCAGGAAGCCAGCGAGGCUUACCUGGUGGGGCUCUUUGAGGACACCAAUCUGUGCGCCAUCCACGCCAAGCGAGUCACCAUCAUGCCCAAAGACAUCCAGCUGGCCCGCCGCAUCCGUGGGGAGCGCGCCUGAACGCGGCCUCGGCAUCACGGACAACAAGCGGCUCUUUUGAGAGCCACCGACCCGGCAGCAGAAAGAGCUGUGCCGUCAAUGUGCAGUUGUAUUUUGUCCCCAUCCUUCUGUAGGGUUUUAGCUGAAAUGAUGGCGCAU